CACAGCGCGUCAGCUGCCUCUAACCACACAUUGCAAGCAUGGCCGGGGACAGCGAAGCGCAUCUCAGCCAGCAGGAUGAAAACACCGCCGCUCGACAACCUUUCCUCAUCGGUGUCUCCGGGGGCACCGCCAGUGGCAAGCAGUCGUCUGUGUGCGAGAGGAUCGUGGAGAAGCUGGGCCAGAAUGAAGUGGAAAACCGCCAGCGGCGUGUGGCCGUCCUCAGCCAGGACAGCUUCUACAAGGAGCUGACCGCAGAGCAGAAAGCCAAAGCCCUGAAGGGCCAGUUCAACUUUGAUCAUCCAGAUGCCUUCGACAACGCGCUCAUCAUGCAAACGCUCCGGCAGAUACUUCAGGGAGAGGCUGUGCAGAUCCCCGUCUACGACUUUGUCACUCAUUCCAGGAAAGAGGAGUUUGUUACGGUGUAUCCUGCCGAUGUGGUCCUGGUCGAGGGCAUCCUCAUGUUCUACUCUCAGGAAAUCAGGGACCUGUUCCAGAUGAAGCUGUUUGUUGACACAGACGCAGACACGCGGCUCUCGCGUCGAGUUCUGAGGGACAUCAAUGAGCGUGGCAGAGAACUGGAGCAAGUGCUGAGUCAGUAUAUUACUUUUGUGAAACCGGCGUUUGAGGAGUUCUGCUUGCCGACAAAGAAGUACGCUGAUUUGAUUAUUCCCAAAGGAGCAAAUAACCUUGUGGCCAUCAACUUGAUAGUUCAGCACAUUCAGGACAUCCUUAACGGCGGACAGACCAAGCGUCAAAACGGCUUCGUGAACGGACACGGUGCCCCUCGGCAGCGGAGGACCUCUGAGUCGAGCAGCCGUCCUCACUGACGUCGUCGCUGCUCUGUCCACAGGGCGCAGAGGGCUGCGGCUGCCGCAGUGUAAAUAACGCCACCCUGGCUGCGCUGUAUUUAACAAGGAAGAGAUGCAGAAAUAUAAUGUAAGCGCCUCGCGUUGUGACUCCGUUUGGUUGUUUUUGUCAAACCUGGAUUUAGGUUUUUGUUUGGAGGAUAAUAAAGGGUCCCGUUAUUGAAACCUUGGUUGCUUUUUAAACCAGGUUUUCUCCCUGCUUUAUUUUUUUAUGUCCCCCCCCCCCCCCCCUCGAUAAACAAUGGAAAUUCUUUUGCUGAUAUAAAAUAAAGUCAUUUUUCUUUCUUUUUUUUCUCUGGUAAAACUUGAAGCCCUGAUGUUUGGGGCACCCUAUAAAUGUAUAUUCGAAACUAAACGCGGUUUAAAGUUGGCCCGUGUUGACAAUCUCGGGAGUGUCAAAGAUUAGUUUCCCGGUUUGUGUAAGAUUAUUUAUCUGCUUCUGGUCACAUGUCACACAUCAAAUGCAAAUGAUAGAAAGUUGAAAUAAUCCAGGAAAGGAAAAAAUAAUUCUUUCUCGUCUAAAUAUGAAUUUAUUGAAAUUUAAUUUCUGGAACCAACAUGGCCUGUCCAUUAGUGUUUUAUUUUAAACCAUAUUGUCUCAUUUCUAAACUGAGGUGCUUUUGCUCACACUCUUAUAGCCAAAUCAGCUGUGACGUCAUGAUGACAUGGACAGACUCAGGGUAAUCCAGUUGGCCUAAAAUGCCACAUGAAUGGGUGAUGGUGGGUGUUCAUUGCCACAGCAAUAGCAGUCAUUCCAGGUUGUGUGGCAAACAAGCACCAUAAUGCCUCGGUGAAGUUGCCUCAGGUUCUCAACACUAGAAACCGAUCUCUAGAUAGGGUUUCAAUAACAUGCAGAUUUUCUUUUCUUUUUUUAAAUGCCAAGUCAUGUAUUUGUGAAGUUGUGCAAUUGAAUGAAUGGAUUGUGUAUGGCUGUGGAGUAAGAGACUGAUUGGUGAGUUGUAAUUAAAAUUGCCCAAUGGUAAAUAAAGUGAUGCAGAUGAAUUUUG